AUGGCCUACGGUCAACAUUACCGAUCACCCUUCGGAGACACAAGUUUGACCAAGGUGUUUGUGGGAGGGCUUGCUUGGGAGACACCCCUCGGAGAAAUGCGUACAUAUUUCGAGCAGUUUGGUCACAUUCUUGAAGCUGUUAUUAUCGCCGAUAAGAUCACCGGCAAAUCUAAGGGUUAUGGCUUUGUGACAUAUGAGAAUGCUGAAUCUGCAAAAAGAGCUUGUAAUGAUCCAAAUCCUAUGAUAGAUGGAAGACGAGCAAAUUGUAACAUUGCAUCUCUUGGAAAAAGUCAAGGUGGCAUUGCAUCUCCGUCUUAUAGCGGUGUGUUAGCUCCUCCGCCAUCACCCUCGUCAUCCGUCGUCUAUCCACCUUAUGGAUAUGCAACUUAUUCUUCAGAAUACGCUUAUCAUCAGCAGGCUAUGUACAAUCCAGCAAUGCAACGUCUAUACCAUCAUCAUCAAAUGUAUGGACCCACACCAUAUUACUAUGGGUAUUCCCCUACCCAAGUACCUACACGAAGAGGAGGAGCAUUAACACCCCAAGCGCAACCUAUUCACCACUCGUCGUAUCUCUACUAUGCUACGCACCAGAGUGGUCCUUCUGACUAUCCUACGCCACCCCCAAGGCAACUCUUUCCUUCUCCUCCUUCUCCCUCUCCCACCGGUUUUGAGACUCCACAAAAUACGACGAAAGAAACAGAUGAGGGUUCAGAGACUCCAAGUUGUUAAAACUAAGACGCU